AUUCGAUCAAAGUCAAUUUUAUUUUAUUUCAUUCACUUGGUUCGAGUUUGUUGGACAGGUUGUAUUCUAUCGUUUGUGCAGAUUUUCAGCUUGGAUAAUGAAAAUAAGUAGUAAUCUUUAUCAAUAGCGCUAUUCAAUAUUCUACCAUGCUUUGAAAAUCCGGAACUCAUCAAUAGAAAUCAAGAUGGAAACCGAUGAAGACCAACGUGUCGGCGAGAACGGUGACAUUUUCGUUCAUCGUCUCAAGGAUUUGACUGAUGAGGAAAAGUUACGUUUAGACGCUCAAAACUCUCGAAUAAUACCUGAAGCCAAAGCUGCUCGGUUAGAGAAAGAAGCUAAGCGUCACUGGGACAUCUUUUACAAGAGAAAUGAGACAAAAUUCUUCAAGGACCGGCAUUGGACCACACGUGAGUUUCAAGAGCUUAUAAACUUUGAUGUUGAUGAAAAGAUCACAUUCUUGGAGCUGGGAUGCGGCGUGGGCAACAUGAUAUUCCCGCUAGUCGAAGAAGGUUUCACCAACUUUUAUUUCUAUGCGUGUGAUUUUUCACCACGUGCAGUGGAGUUCGUGAAGGGUAACAAACUGUUUGACGAGAGUCGUAUGAAGGCAUUUUGCGCUGACCUGACUACUGAUGACUUAUUCGAGAACAUGGAAGAAGGUUGCGUGGACAUAGCGAGUCUGAUAUUCGUAUUGUCUGCCAUCCAUCCUGAUUUGUGGGCGCAAGCUGCUAAGGUGGCCUUCAGGGCGCUAAAGCCGGGCGGCGUGCUUUUGUUCCGUGACUAUGGAAGGUACGACAUGGCGCAGUUACGCUUCAAACCUGGACACAAGAUUGCUGAUAACUUCUACAUGAGGCAAGAUGGUACUAGGAGUUACUACUUCACAGAAGAAGAAUUGCAGAAGCUAUUUACUGAAGCUGGGUUUGAGAUCCUCAUGAACACAUAUGUGCAGCGUCGGACAGUCAACUUCAAAGAAGGCAUAGACGUACCUCGCAUAUUUGUGCAGGGGAAAUAUCGGAAGCCUAGCAAUGGCUGAGAAAGACCCUAAGUAGAAGGAUUCUUCAAUGAAACUUUAUUAGGUAUGAAAGAGUUAUCAGAACUCCAUAUUUAAGAUUCACCAACAAUUGGCUGUUGGUGCUGCUACAUGUGAAAGGUAAACAUUUUCUCUCAGCUACAUGUGAAAGAACUUUGCUGGAAGAUGCUGUGAAAAACUAGCAGAUGACUUGUUAAAUACUGCUUUGAAAUUGGACAUGAGACAUGGAAGCUGGUGAAAUAAGAAAACAUACUAUAAAUUGUAUUUAAUAUCUAGCUGAAAUAGUUGCAAAAGCGUUUGGAAUUGCCAUCUAAAAGGUAUAUCCAGACAUUGGAGAUAUCUUCUACUGCAAGCUGAGUAGAAACAUAACAAGUAUAUUUUGCUGAGAAUUAAGAUUCAUCUUAGCCAAUUUGGAUCUUCAAGAUCUCUGAAAGUAUGUCCUUCUAUCAAGAAUUGGCACAAGAUUUCAAGAAUUUAAAAUGUAACUCAAGGUCCGGAAGAAAACGUAUGGUCGGUGAAUACUCGUUGUAUUAUAUUGCAGUGAAAGUCGGGAAAUGGAAUUAGUCUGCAACAGAAACGAACGGUUGUGCACCAAGAACAUCCUUUGCUUCUUCAGCAUCAGUUUGAACGUCAAUUGUAACACAUGAUGAAUCAAGGAAGAAGUUGGUUGAUCUAAGCUAAGCCUUCUUAAAAAAUAAAAAACGCAGAACUGAAA